AUGAACUCCUCAAUCUCUGCCAACGAGCACGCUGCGACAUCAUCAAUCUCGGCCGGGCGUCGCCUUUUCGGCAUAUCGGAGAUCCGGCAGGCGGUCCUGCGGUUGUUGGAGAAGCCAGAUUUGGCGCGGAUGAUGAGGGUUCAUAGAGGCGGCAUGUGCGAAACGGCUCAGCUCCUAUACGAGACGGUCAGCUAUAACAGGGCUCUGUAUGGCAUGGACAGAAAAACUGCAACUCGAAGUCUGUAUUGCGAUGCGGUGACGCACGUCAAAGACAUGUCCCCGCCUCUGCCUACAGCCUUGCGCUGUAUGUACAGGUGGGACGAGAGGCGCUCGGGAUAUGCCUUAUCAGAAGUAUGGUCGGAAUCCGAUCAGGAAGACGAUUCGGACUCGGACUCGGACACCAGCACGCACAGCCGGGACAUCGCACGCACGUAUCAUCGCCGGUACGAUCCUGACGAUUUCAACACCAUCGUCCCUUUCCUCCAGUCCAAAUUCCCCUCCCUACAGACCAUCGCCUUCGGCUACGAUUACCAAACCUACGGGGAUGGCGGAUGGAUGGUCAAACUAUGCCCAAUCUCAACCGCUUCCACCCUGCCCCCGGCUUCGGAUUCCAGCACCACAGCCCCACGCCUCUCAUCCCUCUCGUCUUUCCCCACUUCCCAGAAGAUCGGUGGUAUCAUCGAUCUGAUCCAUACGCGUAAAUACAACGUCACACGCGAACUACCCGGCAUCGUGCCGUUCGUCCCACCCUCGGCCCGCUUUGUCCUCCGGGAGCGGUUCGACCUGUAUCUCGAGCGGGCGGACUAUGACUCGUGGGAUCCGACGAUGGGCGACGAAUGGCUCAAAGCUAUUCGGACGGACGCCGCUUUCGGCGACGUCUACAAAACUAUCGAUCUGGGCGAACUCGAUGUUCAUCUGGAUGAUAUCGCUUGCCUUCUGAGGCACCAGCUCUCCCGCGGUCACACGGACCUGCUGGAGCAUAUCUUCACAAAGUACACGCUCCCCUUCGAUAUAGGGAGCUUUGAGGAUUUUGCCUCACCAGGAUGGAAAUCUAUCCGCACCCUCGUCCUCUGCGUCGGCGUCUGCUAUCCAGACGGAGACAACCCGCUUUCGGAGUUGCGGUUGACCGACCUCCCAAGACUGGUCACCGUCGUCCAGUAUGAUCUGCCAAACCUGCGCGAUCUGCGCAUCUCCAUGGAGGGCAUCGAGGAUGCGGAAUCGGCCGCCAAGUCAAUGCUACACCCACAGUGCCUCGAAGGCUACGGCAACCUCACUCGCCUCAGUAUCUCCACUCAGGACUGCAACACACCGCUCUUCAAUCUCCUGCGAGUCGCGGCUCCCAUCUGCGCCGAGAAUGCCACUUUGGACAUCCAGACCGGUUCAAAAACCACCUGGAGCAAAAUUGCACAGUCCGACUACAUACACUACCUCCGCGCGCAGACAGCAGAUCGACGUCUCCAUCUCGCCACGCUCGCUUUCGCGGAUUAUGGCGUAACAGAUCCUGCGGACGUUCAGAAACUCCAGUACCUCCCCGACGGGCAGCCCAUGCACAACUGGGAUGCGAUGACCACCAUGUGGCAUCCCAACCUUCGGAACCUGAUCGGCAAUGUCAGGUAUAAAGCUGCGCCCGCCGUAUCAGCCGGUCUCGCGUCAGUAUCAACAGCCUCGGACUGGCUCCACGCGAUCUCUCACUCGGCUACCCCGGCGGAAAUGGCGGCCGCCUCAGACGCUCUGAUCGCGGCGAUCCAGUCCACGGCGGCCUCGCUGCAGGAGCUGCAAGGGUUCCUCACGGCUGCUCAACACCUCGUACCGGCAGUCUCAGGCUUUGCGGACAGGAUGAGGGGGCUGGCGCCGCCGCAGAUAUUAGAGGCGGCAGUCGGGAGGCAGGGGAUAGGUCUGAGCCAUGCGGAGCGGUCAGGCCUAGGGGGUGACCAAGGAGUGGCAAGGGCCAACCCGCUCAGCGGAGCUGAUGGGGAUCAGGCGGCAGUAUCGGCCGCUCCGCAGAGUGGUCCGGCGGAGACGUGCUACAAGAUCAGGGAAUUGAGGGAGCGAAUCUAUUCCUACCUUGACCACGCGAGUCUAGCGAGGUUCGCUCGGACGGAAAGGGGAUGCACACAGGUGGCGGUCAAGGAGCUGUACAGGAGCAUACCAUAUUGGGCUGCGGAAGCGCUGAUGGGAGACAUCACGGCCCCAGCGGGGGAGUCCUUUCCUGCCUUCAAGGAACGAUUGCUGAUUGUGCUCCAGGAUCGCCAAUCAUCGUACUGCGACCUCGUCCUGGACAUCGACUGUCGCGGUGCACAGCUCUACAAGUCCAGCAAACUCCGUCAAGAUCUCGGACGCGCCCCGCGCGGUGUGACACCGGUCAGGGACCAGCACGAUGAGGAUCUGGAUGAGGCGGAGCAAUACUACUACUACACGGAAAGGACCUACAAAAAUCACAUCUCCCAGUAUGGCAUCGAUCUAUUCGAUGCUACCGUCCCAGCCCUGCGCCGGCGCUUUGAGCGUGUUCGGCAGCUCCGCUUUGGUGCCGAAGCUAGGGAGGCUUUUGGGGAGCAGGAACACUGGACCGUCAUUUGCUCUCGGUCAGAGGCCUCCCCUACAAUCGGUCGGAUUGAACUCGUAACCACGCGCCUCGUAUGGUUCGGAGAAGCAUCACCCGAACAGAACGCUGCUCCCCGCGGAUACGCCCUGAAGGAGAAGGUCGACUUCAAAUUUGUGCCCUCCGGAGACGGACGGGGAUCGGCCCCUUCGGAGACGAGAUCGUGGCUCGCAGAGCUGUGCCAAGGACCUUCCUUCCUGCGCCUAGCCACAAGAUUACAGCUGCGUAAGAUGCCGAUCACCUUACCGGACCUGGCAAGCCUGGUGGAGAGGCAAACGCAACUCCCGGUAUCGGAACGCCUAUCAGCCGUACACGCACAAGGCGUACAGCCGUGGGACGUGGAGGAUCUGCGGGCUCUUUCUAGAGCAUCGUCCGGCCAUCUCACCAUCCUACACCUCGCUCCAUAUAACCGAACAUAUCGGCCCGGUCUCGCCAAAGUCACAUUUGCGGAACUCGGUGGCAUCGUCGAGCUCAUACGGAGCAGCCUUCCGGGCUUACAGGAGUUCAGCCUCGUCGUAGAUGGGCUCCGGGAAGCGGAGGCACAUACAAAGGGCCUGCUCGGCGAGCUGUGCCUCGAGAACGGAGGAAAUAUCUCCAGAUUGCUCGUUAUGACGGAGGAGUUAUCGGUCCCGUACUUUAACGUCGUCCGCCUUCUUGCGCAGAUCUGCACGCCGACAGCCUUCGUGGUCAUCGGCAGGCCUUUCGAUUUCAUGUACUCCGGCUCCCCGACAAACGGAGCUACCAAGUAUCUGGCGUAUCUGAGAGCACAAUCCUCUAAUCGGCGAAAGCAUCUUGCUCAAAUCGAUUUCGCUUCUCUCGGUGCUACUUCUUACCAAGACGUCCGCGAGCUCGACUACCACGACGACGGCCGGCCGAAACAUCGUAGCGAGCCCAGAGCCAGAGGGAUCGAGUGGGCGCAAAUCGCGGAUGGCGCCGCUUGUACCGCUGCAACGUCCCUACCGUCUUUUUCGCAAGCACUGGAUCGCUUUUCGCAGGUGGCACAGCGUCAGCGAGCCCCAUCGGCUACUGCAGACCAGGCGGAGUUGCUCAGGGAGGCGGAGGAUCUGCUGGGUUCGGCGGACGCGCUGGCGUUAGCGAGUCAGGAGAUUCAGCGCGUACUGUACGAUACCGGGAGCGUAGUCAGCGAUAUCCGGCGGAUUCGUCUGGCUACUAUCUCGGUCGGAUCCGGUCGCGCUGAUUCGGCAACGACACUUGAGCUGUGGCCAGGGUUUACCCUGGUACUUUGCUGCUGA